CUACAUACUAUAUUAUCAAGUCUUAGUAGUUGAAGGGUCUAAAAUAUUUUGAGUCACAGAAGAGAUGAAAUCUAUAGUCUUGAUUCUAGUUUCCUUUUCCCUUCUAUUGCUUGUCGGCAUCAUUGAUGGAAGAGAGAGCCCAGGAGAAUACUACUGGAAGGGCAUGAUGAAGGACCAGCCCAUGCCAGAAGCAGUUAAAGAGCUUGUUGAUGAUCAGGAUUUUUCGUUUGUUUCCCAGGAAAAUUGUCAUACAUCUUGUAGUGGGGCAAGAGAAAGGGACCAUUUUGUUAAGGAUUUCGACAGCAGGCCUAAUGGUAUAAUAUAUCACGGCCAUGUUGAGCCUAAAGAAGGGUAGCUAGCUAGCCUGUAAUUGUCAGGGACUUGAAGCAGAAAGAAAACAGCUGAUGUAUGUAUUCAUAAUAUAUAGAGAUCAGCCCAAGAAUUUCCAAGUAGUUUGUUUGUGUGCUCUG